AUGAUCUUAAAAAUUUUGCGUCUGAUCGUGAUGAAAUAGACCCAAGCAGAUCUGAAAAAGAGAAAUUAUUGUAUACAAAAAUAGUUAAUCAAGUUAUUCCCUACCUCGAGGAGGUAGCAAAGGACAAAGACCGUGAAAUGGAGGAAAAAAAGCGAAAGGCUACAGAAAGAGAAGCGCAAAAGGAAAUUGAAAGGCUUAGACAGCUUAAAGCUAUCGAGCAAAUGCACAAUAAUGUUGAGAUUUUACCUACAAGAACGCGUGUUAGGAGAUCAAAAUCUACUCAACAGUCUACUUCUAUCACCACGACGAAUAAUUCAAAUGUCGAUUCGCAUGAUAGCCAAUCCAUCGUUGAUACAACAAAAGAUAGUUCUAAUACAGUCAAAGCAGAACUUAAGGAUAGCGUGAGUUCAUCUAAAAAAGAUGAUGAGGAUAUAUCAAGUACAUCUGCUAAAGAAAGCAGUAAUGAUACAGUGAAUAAAUAUAACAAUGAUAGUAUGGAUAAUCAGAGCACAUCUAGUAAGAGUGUAAAACAUGUUUCAAAUAAACCUAAGAAAAAUACUAAAGAAAAAACUAGUAAAUCUAAGAAAAGCAGUAAAGAUGGGUCUGAUGAAACUAAAAAAAAGAACGAUGCUCGCAAAAAUUCAAAGUCUGCCAAAAAGUCUGCUCCAAUUGAUACGACAAUAAUUGAAAGUAUACCCGCCGAUUAUGUCAAACAUAACGCAAGUAGUCACGAAAAUAUACAUCCAGAUCAAGACGUUCCUACAGGUGAUUCGUUAGUGACUGAAAAUGCAACAUACGAACACCAUGAACUUGAACAUCAUGAACUUGAGCCUUAUAGAUUUGACAAUAUUGUUAUACCUGAGAAAACAGCUUUUGCCAACGAUACUACAAUUUCUUCAAGUCCAAGUAAGGCUGUAGUAUGCAUUGGAAAUCAACCAAUUGAUAAUAUUAAAACGAAUGAAACGCUUAAAACUGGAAGUAAAGGUCGUGGCCGCCCUAGAAAAGACAAAAGUGCUGCCAGAGCUCCAUAUACAAAAGGAGGUAAAGGGCGUGGGCGGCAAAAAAAAUCAACUGCCACCGAUGUAUCCGUAAGGGAUGGUCAGGAUUUGGGGAUCAACAAGAAGGGUGUUCCUGGGGAAAUCACUUUUAGCAUUUCAAAUAGCGAAGGUGUUCAACCUUGGAAUAGCGCACCUCCAACCAUCUUAAAUAACACUAUAUCAACUACAACGAUUAGUGAUAUUGUUACAAAUACUAGUUCUGACACUAGUGAUAAACAGUUUGGUGUCCCUUCUCAGAAUCUCAAUAUAUCUGGAUUUGAUCAGUCUCCAAACAUAACCGGUAUUGCAAAUCAAGUGAAUGUUACUGUUCCUACCAUUGAUGAUAAUGGCACAAGAUCUGGAGAAGUAGUUGAUAGUUCACAAAAUAUAAAUCAUUCUUCUAAUGAAAAUUCUAUAACAACCGUCUUCAAUGCACCGACCAUUGAAACGAUUGCCGACGAAGUUCGUUUAAAAUCGUCAAAAAUGACAUUAGAUAAUCUAUUAACAUACGAGCCUAAUAGCGGUGCUUUGCAUUCAGAAUUUCUUUCUACUGGUAAUCAGGCUUUUACGCAAACAACCAACAUUCCACAGAAUAAGAGCACAACCGAAAUUGAUCAUUUAGAACAUCCUUUAAUAACUAAAAUAGCAUCAUUAAUUACUCCAAUAGAAACUGAUACAGAAAUUACAAAAGUAAUGGAGAACAAUUCAAUUGAUAACGGUGAACCCAACGAGUCUGAGGAACAUAAUGUUAAUUCAGAUUCAAAUUUCUGGAGGACGUCUGUUGCAUCUCUUCUUAAUAACGAAAAAAUUAGAGAUAAUGACGUUGGGUUGGCAGUUCCAAAUGGAAGUACAGACCACUUUUCAGUUACGAGAUCCUCAGUUAAUUCAAAUAUUCAACCUGACAAAUUGAGUAUAAAUACUAAUAUCGUUGAUAAACAAGCAUCUAAGAGACACCAAACGCGAUCAACACGUCUUAAUUCACAAACUAAGAUCGUUGAGUCUAUUAACACCUCAAAUGUCGACGUUAGUGAUCAAUCUAUAUCUAUUUCUGAUAAUAAGAAACGGAGACAACCUAGUGAUGAUCUUUGGUAUGAACGGCCAUUAACUCGUAAUCAAGCCAAGGCAGCAGCUAUGAAUGACACUAGAUUAGUUGAUAAAGUUAAUGGAACGAAACGUAAAGAAGAAGAUCGUCAACAAAAUGGUCAUGAAUUGCCAGAACGCCCUAAAAAGAGAAAAAGGCGUUUUUUAACUGAAACAGACAUUGAUGAUUCUAUUGGCAUUUUUGUAACUGUUGAUUCAAAGGGCAAUAUAGAUAUAAUUGAUGACAAAGAAAUUUUAUCUCAACCUCCUCCUGAGGGGGAUGCGGAGAAACACAUAUAUUUUCAACCUGGUCCAGUUGGAUUUCUUAAACUCGAUACGUCUUUAAAACAUUCAUUCUUUCAAGAAGAUGAAGUAUUUGGUGAGACUGACAGCGAAUUGUCAAGCUGUGGAUCAGUUUCAUCGAUUGAUACGGACUAA